UUGACUCACGCUUGGUCUGGUUCAUACACAUCAAAUUCUCGGAUCCACCGAAUCCUCACGACGGCUCUCAUAUACUACAGCCAGCAUUGGCGCUUUUGAUACAAACCCGCCUCAAAAGCUGUGGAGAAUAACUGGAGAUGGAUCGGCCGUCAAUAAACAGCCGCACGACCUGUUGGACGGAAUAGGAUGUAUCUCCCCGUCCCGGUCAUUGUUGUUGCUCAUGCCGAGUCGCGUGCUUAACUCCAAUCAGGUAACAUGUCGCCCAGGUUGCAGAAGCCCAAUGCCUCUGUCCCUGUCCUGGCUUGCAUGUACAAAAGUGUCCAUGACUUGGUCAGCUCGCCCUAUCUGGUCAAGAAAGAGGAGCUUCAAUUCAGCAAGAGCGCUUCACGACUUACCUCUUGAACGUGCUCAAUGCCCACGCUGCUCUAGAGAAUUCCAGGAGAUGAGUGCAGCCCAGAUCCCCUUGGAUUUGCAUACUAUUCACAGAUCCAAAUCGUCCAUGGCUGUCCAGACCCACCAGAAAUCUCAACGGCGGGGACGCUUUGACAUUUAUUCACGAUGGAGGAGGAGGCGAAAUCUCCGUUCCUCAACGCCCGAGCAUGAUGAGCACAGGCAAAAUUCAAAUCUUGAACAAGGUGACGUAAAGAAAGCCCGUCAAGCCGCGAGACAUUCUCAUACGCUCGCGAGGAGAAGAGCUCCAACCCGAGGGUCCUCUCCUCUCCUCUCCUCUCGGCACAUGUCUACAAAUCCUUCAUCCAGGGCAGACCCUACACGAUGCCCUUGCUCGCUCGGGGUGGCAGCAGAUCCAUAUAUCUGGGACUUGACGCCCGUGUUUGACAACGCAUCCCACCCUUCUCUCCAACGCUUUUCCGGGUCGUGGAAGAUUCCCACAGCCAGCAGAACAAGCAAGCAAUUCCCCAUUGAACUUCUUCAUUCUCACAAAAGGGUGUGAGCCAUUCCCAAAUACAGGUUUUGGGCUGGAGGACCCUGUCUGCAGUGAUGGGCCAGUCCAUAGUCCCGCAUCAGUAUGAUCUGAGUCCAGGAUCCUCGACCAAGCCAGGAUCCCGCGCAAGAUUUACCUUGCUGCGUCUAAUAAUCACCGAUCAGCAGCGAUUCUUUGGUGCUCGGACUGGGGACUCUUGGAGAUUUUGUGUUAUCGACCAGGAUUCGCGAAUGGAGGCGUGAGGGGAGACGUGAAGAGCCAGCCAAUAAACGUAUUAUGGAACACGAGCCCUGACGCGGAUUUGACGCGUCUUAAUAAGCUUCCGACUAGAGCGGUGGUUGGCCUGCGGUCACGGCCAUGGUCCCCUCACUUACGCCGCAGAUGCACACGGAAACUCAAAAAAUAAUAAUAAUAAACUGUGCGGCAUC